AUGGAAGAUCAAGGAGGAGGAGGAUCCAUCAGAAUCGACAAACUGACGGACUCCAACUUCUACGUGUGGAAGCAGAAAAUACAACUUCUGCUUGCUCUACGUGAUGUUGACCAAUACAUCGUUGAGGGAAGAGUUCCAAGUGAGGAACGCGCGGAAGAGCGUAAGAAGUGGAUCAGAGGUGACAGUAAAGCUAAAGCACUGAUUGGUCUCUCCCUAUCAGAUGAGCAUCUUGAGCAUGUACGUGAUGUUGAUACUGCUCAUGAGAUGUGGGAAGCUAUUGUCAACGUGUUUGAGAGGCACACUUUGCUGAACAAACUAGCUGCACGUCGUGAGUUCUACACUGUGAAGAUGCUUUCCGGUGAAAAGAUAUUCAGUUUGGACUUUGUGAAGAGUCGUCUGCUGCAGGAAGAGCAACGAGCAAACAUGAAGUCUAGCUCCUCACAGACAUCGGCUCUGGUUAAUCGUGCCCCGAACAAUCGGGACAUAAACGAUUACAAAUGCACGAACUGCGGUCAUACAGGCCAUACGGCAACCCGCUGCUGGGGAAAGGAUUUGAAUGGGCGUCGCCCGGCUCCUCCUAGCACAUAUAAACCGCGUAUGUCUCAGCGGAAACAAUCUGCAUUUGUCACACAGAAACCUGAUCCCGACAUGGUUGUAAACAGCGUCGACUUCACAUGUCUGAUGUCGAAAGCUUCGCACACGAACGAUAUGGAGAUGUCGCCUUCGUGGCUCGUAGAUUCAGCUUGUACAGCUCAUAUUACAUAUGACCGAUCUUUGUUUGCAACGUAUGAGCCACUUGAAUCCGCCUCUGUUCAGAUGGGAACCAAGGCUAGUGCAAAGGUUGCCGGCCGUGGUGACGUUCACUUGAAGUUAAAUGUGAAUGGCCGCAUGGAACCGUGCAAGUUGACGGAUGUAUUGCACGUUCCGGACUUUGCGUUCUCUCUGCUCUCUGUCAGUCGAAUGACUGAACUUGGACUAAAAGUUGGGUUCGAAAAUGGAAAAUGCAUGAUCAGACGAGGCUCAACUGUAGUGGCGACUGCGACAUUGGUUGGAGAACUUUACGUUCUCGACAUCGUCAGUGACAUCGGAUCUGCACAUGCUGCCACCCUGCAAACGUGGCAUGAGCGCUUUGCACAUGUGCAUUCUCAAGGUAUUGCUUCGAUGAUUCGUGACAAUGCUAACAAAAUUAACAACACUGACAAUGAUUGCAUCUCUGAAAAAUGUUCUGCGUGCGUCUACGGCAAAGCCAAUCGAUCUGUGAUCCCAAAAGAGCGGUCCUCGAGGCGGGCAUACUUCUGUCUAGACUUAGUUCACUCUGAUGUUUGUGGCCCCUUAGAGGUGCAGUCCAUUGGUGGUGCCAAGUACUUCAUUACCUUCAUAGAUGAUCACUCAAACUGGUCAACUCACACUGAUCGCAAAAUCAAAGUGCUUCGCACCGAUCGAGGUGGUGAGUAUCUGUCCACGGAGUUUAAGUCUUUUCUGAUUGCAAAUGGUACUCAGCAUCAAAUGACGACCGCGUACACUCCGGAGCAAAAUGGCGUCGCCGAACGACUGAACAGAACUUUGGUAAACUUGGUGCGCUCCAUGCUAGCGCACAAGAAAGUUACAAAGGGGUUCUGGGCAGAAGCACUUGCCAAUGCAGUGUACGUUCGAAAUCGAGUCACGUCACGUGCCAUUCCCCCCAAGAUGACCCCCUACCACUUAUGGAUGAAAUCUGUGCCAAAUGUUGGUCAUUUGCGUGUUUUCGGUUCAAAGUGUUGGUAUACAUUACCAAAACACAACAUCCAGAAACUUGACGCCCGUGCAAAGGAGGCAAUGUUUCUAGGGUAUGCUGAAAAUACGAAAGCUUACAAGUUGUGGGAUGGUGAUUUGCACAAAGUGAUCGUAUCCAGAGAUGUUACUUUUGACGAGUCCACGGGAGGCAAAUCUGACUCUGAUGAAUCCUCCAACUCCUCCCCAACUGCAGGGGAGGACGAAACUAAUGUGCUACACUAUCGCUCUACUCCGACUCCCAGUAAACCAUACUCUACUAUGCGCGACCAAGCGCGGUCCUCUUGUGGCCCGACCAUACUGUUCGAUUUCCACCUUACGAAUCGAUUCGUAACUAUUAGCUCACAACUAUUUCUACACAUUCCAAAUGACUGUAAACCAUGGCCCUAUGCAUGCAACUGUUUCACACCUUACUAA